UCAGCGUCCCUGUGACCGGAUCUCCGCCGCCCUGGGCCCGCCACCGGCAGUGGGUCUCCAGCUGCUAUGGGCGCUCACUGGGUGAUGCCCCGGGGGUGAGAGAUUCGGUCCUGUGUACGGUUGGUGGAGGAGCUUUUGGUUUGGAAUAAAUGUAGGCCCGGGGAAGUUAUGGUUCGCCCACGGCGCCUGGCGCCCUUCGCCGUCCGGAUGGUCCUUGCUUACGUGCACGGUGAAGGAUGGACGAUGAUGAAUUUGGAGGAUUUGAGGCAGCAGAGAACUUUGAAGAUGGUGAAACGGGAACACAGUCAGUCUCCCCAGCCAUUCCUUGGGCAGCAUUUUCAGCAGGGCCAGGAGUGGAGCUGGGCCAAAGAAAUCCUCCAGACAUCCUCAUCAACCAGACAACACAAUCAUUUGGAAAGAACAUUUCAAAAUCUGCCCUCUUUCCAGAUAUUGAGCCUGACUCUGAUUUGAGAGUUGAGUCAAUGGAAAGUGCCAUUGCAGAACAAAUUCCAUCAUCAGAAAAGGUUCAGCAGACGUCUCAACUAUUAUUUGAUAAUGUUGUGGCAUCAGCAACUUUGCAGGAAAAGGAUCCUCGACAAUCUACAGAUCUUGCAGAAUGCCCAAUGCCCAUAGAAACACACAAGCUUGAAGUAAAAUCAAAAGAAACACUGGAAAAUGUGGAGGAAAAACUUUCUGCUGCUGAGAAGGAAAAACUUGAAAUGAAAAAGGCAUUAGCAGAGAUGUUUGAGAAGUACUCAACAUUAGAGGAAGAAUAUUUACAAGAGAAAAAAGCAGAGGAAGCUGCACACCAAGAUCACUACAAUCAACUUCAGGAAAAACAUAAGCAGCAGUUAGAAGAUCUUAGAAAAGCUGGCCAUGGUGCACUUAGCAUUAUCAUUGAUGAAUUUAAGGCAUUAACAAAGUCUGCUGUACUGCAGCAGCAAGAAACAAGCAGAACAUGUCUUCAAUCAGCCAUAGAAAAACAAAUGCAGAAAUGUGAAGAGUUGCUCACUGCUCAGCAUGAGCAGUUUGUUGAAUUACUGGAAAAAGAAAAAUGUGCACUGCAAGACAAGAUAAAAGAAGCUUUGGAGGAACAAACAAAACAGCAUAAGGACGUACUUGAAAAGUGUGUGGUCGAAGAAAGGCUACGAAGCACGGAGGCAAUGGAAAAAGUUGUACAGGCAGAAAAGGAAAUCAUUACAGAGGCUGUUUUGAAAGCUGUGCAAGUGGAGAGAGAAAGGAUGGAAAAGAUCCAGAUGGAGAAAAGAGAACUAUGGGAAAUUGAGCGUGGCAAGGACCAAGAAAAAUUUGAGCAGGCUAUCCAGGAGGCGUUGCAAGAGGAGAGGAACAAAAGCCAGGAAGCCAUAAGGGAAGCAGUAAAUCAAGAACGAAAAAAAAGUAAGAAAGCUGUAGAGGAGACAAUUCAAAAAGCCAGGGAGGAUAUGGUAAAAUAUAUCAAGGAGCAAAAGAGGCUUGACCAAAUGGCUCAACAGCGUAACCUAACCAGUUUGGGACUGUUUCUAUCAUGUGCACAGAAGCAGUUAUCUGCACUUUUGGAAGAUAUGCCUUUAGCUGUGGAACAAGACAUUGAAUAACUUCAAGAUGUUUAAACAGAUGAAGCAAGAAAACCAAAUACAAUAAUACAAUAAACCUGACACCACCCAUUUGGUUUCUGUGUGUUUGGAUAUGCCAUUCCUGUUGUGCAUGCCAGUUUAAAAUGUGUGCGCAAUAUUUACUUGAAGUCAGUAGCAGCCUUAAAGACCUUCAAAACAGAUUCUCUUUUGUUUGCACAAAAAAAAUUAUGAACUUAAUUGGCACAAGACUAUUAAGCUGGCUUAAUAAAGGAAGUAACAUUAAGCUUAUAAACAUUAAUUUUACACAAAAGGGGCACCCUUGUGUUCAUAUGUCAUUAAGCUUUAACUUUAUAAGCACUGUAAUAUGAGACCUAUAAAUACCAACUUUGUACAGAUACUGAAAUUGCCUUUAUCUAAUGCCAGGUGUAUAUUUCUUAAUCAUAGUCAUUUGCAACAACUGAAGAGUUUUGGACAAUAGGGACUUUAAACCAGUUUUAAGUGAUCUUGUACAUCCUCCAUGAGAAAUUUUUAGUUUCCUUAAUUUUAUAUUGUCUGCUGAGAAAUAACACUAUACUUUUUAUGGGUUCCUGCUUCAUUGUUUUUCUUUGCAACUAAGGGGCUUACCAGAUAGUUGUGCACAUCAAAAUACUUGGUUAUUAAUUUGAAUUCAUAUUGAACUUAUCACAGCAAUAUACAAAACCUGCUUUUAUUUUAGCUCAAAUAUUUAAGUUGUGAGUUUGGAAUAAUGAGAGGUAAUCUAAUUGAAAUGUCUCACUUUUAGAGAGCUUCUCAAAAUCAAUUUGUUGUUUCCCCUAGAAAGUCUAGAAUUAUGGAUCAUAAUCUCAGUUUUAAGUUAUUAGCCAUUUAGGUCUGAGGUGAAAGAUUUCUUCACUUAUGCUUAUGAAUCCUCAGAAAGAGGACUGGAGGUUCUUAGUAAGAGAGUACAGUAAAUACAGGUUAAUGUAUUUUUGGACAUGAAGACAUAUGGGGAAAUGGUCGAACACCUGGAGAUGACGAAAAAUUUAGCUGUGAUCUCAUUGAACAAUCAAAUUCGGUUUGGCCUAUUCUUUUUAAUGCACUUUUAUUCUUGCAUAUUCGGACCAUCGACUGGAGCACUGAGCUCUCAAAUGCAAGACUGGUAUUAGUCAUUUGAGUCAUAAAGUUAUACAGCACGGAAACAGGCCCUUCUGCUUAGCUGGUCUAUGCUGACCAUUAGUACAUGCUUCUUAACAUCUUGAUCUCCAUCCUGCAUUCUUCUGAUUUUUACAGUCAUCAUGUGCAACUUGUGGCAUUAUUCUGUGGUGGGCACCAUUUUGAAAUUAAUUCAGCAUUUGAGAGGUCCAAAAUAUGCACACAUGGGAGCUGAACUUUACAGCUAUAAUCCCUUGUUAGCAUUGUGAUUCAGCAUGUCUGUGAAAUAGUGUAAUACUUUGCUUUCCAUUAGUUUAUAACAUGUGAGAUCAUUUGAAUGAAAUUGAAGACUAAUUAUUGUGUCAAUGGGAAAAGUUUUAAAAAAAUUGUGCAAUUGUGUGUGUGCAGGCAAAUUGGUAAUGCUACAGAUACUCAGCUGGUUGGGCAGCAUCAAUGGAUAGGGAAACAGUUUUGACAUUACAAGUCAAUUACCUUUCACCGAAUGGAAACCACUGUGUAUUUUUAUUUCAGAUUUCCAGCAUCUGCAAUUUUAAGUUUUUAAAUUCACAAGUAUGCUUACGUGACCAUAUAUAGCAUGACAGCUAAAACAUGGAUGGGACUAUUGGUCCCCAUUAGAUGAGGGGAUCAUUUUCCCUGUUUUGGGUCAAGUUUUCUGCCAUAUUGUAUUUCACUAAUUUUGGUUAUGUUUAUGUAGAAUCAAGGUUUUGCAAAGCAUAAUAUUUAAACAUUUUAAUCAAGGUAUUUUCUGCACUGCGCUCCUUUGUCAUGAUUUCUCUAUUUGGCAGGGGUAGAAAUCAAAGGUUAAAAAAUAUUCAACAAGGUAAUGAUCUAUUUUAGAAAUAUUGGCUUCUGGUAUGAACAUUCAAGCUAAUUUUAUGUAGAUUGAAACAGGAAAAGAAAAGAAAUUGCCUGUAUGAUGUGAAAAUGUAAUGUUGCUACUUAAUCAUUUUUUAAGCAAUUCAGUGAGAACCUCUGGCCUUCAGUGUCUCAUUAGGACUGGCUUCCUUACUAUGGCAAAACGAUAAAUACUACAUUAUUGUGAUCUGCCUUUAUGGUAGUGUAUACUUUCUAUUGCUUCAAUGCUAAUAUUUUAUAUUUAAAGAGUACUAGUAAGUAAAGCAGAAAACCAUUAACUGCAGCAGCUGAGCAAUAUUAAUAAACAAUUGGUGCUCCCUGAGUAAACAUCUUCGUAGUUCACUUUACCCUUAUCCCCAUCCCAACCCCCACCAUGCAAAUUUGGCAAGACUGGGGGUAAACAUAAUGAUUAGAUCAUCUUUGCAAGGCUCAUCUUAUUAACUUGUAAAAACAUGCUUAUACAUUCAAAUAAUAGCAAAUUGUACACCUCCUGUCAGCAUGGUCAUUCAUCACAAAUUCUUUCAAUACUUCAGGAAUAUCUAACACAUGGAAAAAGGAAAAAAAUUGACACUUCAAUUACAUAACUGAGUGAUAAAGUACAGCAAAAGGAAAUGUAUUAGACUUGAGAACAUAAGAUAUGUUGUUUAAAAACCUCAUUUAAUCCAUGACAACUGCAGAACAGAUGACCUUGACAGAUGUCUUAUUAAUGAUAAAAGCCAGAGGUAGAAAACAAAUGACUUACGGCUGUCAGAGAAUGCUCAGGACUUUUCAAACCUCAAAUAUAUAGUCAAACAAUAACAGGUUAUUUUGUAUUUUCUGCUUUUAAAAAGAAAGGAUAAAUGGAAUAAUUGCAAACUUAGCAGCCUAUUCAUAAUGAUAAGCAAAUAAACAGGAAAAAAAUAUGAAAAGCAGCGUUAAUUGUCAUUUAGAAAGGUAUGUUUUAAUCAAACCCAGUAAAUUUUGAUUUGGUUGGGAAAAGUCAUGCCUGACAAACUAGAUUGAAUAUUUUGAGGAAGGAAAAGGAAGGCCAAUGAGUGUAAUACAGUUGUAAUGUAAGCGUAUGUUUACAAGGCAUUUGACAAAAUUCUCCAUGGCAAGCUGAUCUGAAUAGAAAAGGCCAUUCCAUCCAAAACCAAGUGGAAAGUUGAAUACACAACUGCCUCUGACAAAGUAGCAAGUUUAAUGGUCCAGGUGUUGGUGUGAUGAAGGUUGAUCUCUGCUGGGCUUGGUGCCGGGUCUCUUUCAUAAUCAACAAUUGAGGCAAAAUAUAAGCAAUUUUGCAGAUAAUACAAAAAAAUGGAUGCGUCAUUUAUAGGGAAGAACAGUGUUAGUUGCUGAAAAAAGUCAGUGGAAAGUUGGAAAUUAAAUUCAGAACUUUUAGAAGAGCAUACAUAGCCUCUGUCUUAUACUACAGUGAAUUUGUAUUAAGGAUAAAGAGGCUUUGCCUUGUUUAGGGUGGAGUUCGGGACUUCACUGUCUGAAAGGAUGUAAAGACAAGCUUGUAUUGCCUUUAAAAAAAAUGCAUAGAUGGGCACAGCAUUGUCAACUUGUAUAUAUGCCUACAGACCAAGAGUUGGCAUGUGAUUAGGCUAGGGAGUUUUCUGGCUGCCUUUCAUGUGAUGGGCUGAAUAGGCUUAUAUUUGUAUAAUAUAUAGUUUUAAUAUAGGAAAAUUUCCUGGGAUUGUUCACAAGAACAUGAUCUGAUUUAAAAAUUGACACCAAACCAAAGGAGGAAAUAUUAUUGUAUCAUCUGCUUCUUAGUUACAGGAACUUUCACUGGUAAGUUACAAAUUUUUGAGUUCAAGUCCCACUCCUGAAACUUGACCUCUGAAACCUAGGCUGACACUCCAUGCACUAAGUGCAUGCUACUUGAUAGGAGGUGUCAUCUUUCAGAUUGGAUGCUAAACUGGGAUCUUAUCUGCUGUCUUAGUUGAUGUAAAAAGAUGCAUCUGACACAAUUUUGAAGAAGAAUAGGGGAGUUUGCACCCCAUGUCCUGAUCGAUAUCAAUUUCUCAACAUGAUAAAACAUUAUUUGAUCAUUGCAUUAUGGUUUUGUGAGAGCUGUGUGCAUAUUUGCUUCCGUGUUUCCUGGAUUGCAAUAAUAACUUAAGUGAGUCAAAUGAUACUCCAUUUUUAUGAACAGAUUGGUUCAACUGGAAACAAUAUUGGGUGAUAUAAUCAAUGGCAAAAUCACAGAAUUGAUACGUAAGUAAAUAUAGGGUGAUUAGAUAAUACAAUCAACUAAUCAGAUCAAACUGGCAAUUAUCAUGUCCUACUUAAAAGCCCAUUAAGUAAUAAAAUGACAUAUGUUAGGAUCUGUUCAUCAUUUUGUAAAGGAAAUGGUCUAAUCUUACUCAAAUCUAUUAUUAUUUUGUAUUUCCUUUUUGAGGAACAAAUGGCAGAAUCUAUUUAGAAUUUAUUCUGUAGUCUGAAUUUGUUAAUGGAAUGACAAACCUUUUUUUGUGCACAAAAUCCCCUUUGAGUUUAGGUGGAAGAAUAACUUUCAAUCAGCAUUCCUCCAAAGGACUGACAGUCCAGAACUUGGUCUUUUCAAGCUAACAGAACAUGGUUGCCACAUGUUAUCAGAAUUUUGUAAGUCAGGCCGAAACUUGAUUAACUUCUGCGUUUCUCUAUUUCAGUCUUGCCUCUGUUUAAUUUGACAUUGGAAUGACUAGAGGAUUAUCAUUUAAUCAAUCAAAAAGUUAAUAUUGCAGAAUAAUGUGGUGUGGUGAUGUCAGUAAGUAGCUUAGUGAGGUCAGGUUUAAAAUCUACUUUUACCUUGAUAAUUGAAUUGUUUAACUUUUUGAUCAAUAUUGUAGUUAUUGCUCAUUGUACAUUUGAUUAUUACUUCAGUGAAAAUAUGUAAUUUGUUGUACAAGAAAAAUUUCAACAUUAUUAAAUAGUAUUAUUCAAAUUAACUACGAAAUAGUUUACAAUUAAGAGUCUUAAUUAUGAUCACUAUGAAUAAAUUAUGACACAUUCCAUUUAAUUGGGACUCAGAUUGGGGGAAAAAAAAUCAUGCCCAGGAGAUAGUUGCAUGCAUAUCCAGAUAAAGAUAUGACUAAAACUGUCACAGCAAUUUAAAAUAUACAUGCUUAGAAAACAAAGAGAAGUUCCAGCAUUCUCUAUUUAGAUUGAAGGUAAAUAGGUUUACAACAGAUCGAAUGGAUGCAGCAGACUUGAAGUCAGAUUUUAUAAAGUGCAGUUUGUGAAUUCUGUGGUCUUAACUGGAUGUGAUGUGAGAAUCUCAUUCAAUCCACUUUUUUUUGAGUUCAUGAUGCAAAGCUGGAGUUUAACAGAAGUAUAAGUGCAUCUAAAAUUAGCAAAAGUCAAUUAGUCAGACAAGCACUUAUAUAAAUGCUGUCCAAAGAUUUAUUCAUGUCCUGUAGUGAACUCGUAACAAGGAAGUAAAACGUCAUUGAUAUUAUAUGUGUGAAGUUUUCAAUGUUGUAGGCUUUUUGCCUAUAUAACUGAAAGAAUGCUGUGCUCUCUGAAGUACCAUCUUUCACCCCAGACACUACUAAAGGGUGUUUUUUCUUUGUUGGGGCUAGUGGUAAUCGAGGGCUCAGUGAUUGGCUUGGAAAUUGGUGACUGGAUUGGCAGUGGUACCUUCAAAUAAAUAUAUUUUUGAAUUUUUAUUGUUGUUUAUGUCCUAUCCUGUGGUUCCUUUAAGGAUGAUUUGUUUGACUGCAUAGAUAAGCUCUUCAUGAGUUCCUGCCUCAAGGCAAGUCAAGUUUGCUACAGGAUCUUCAUGGGUUGGACUCUUAAUUUAUAUAUGCAUGCCAGUAUUUUCAACUUUACUUUUGAGAUGUGUAUCCCAGAUUCUGUGAGCUCUCAAAAUUCCAAAAAGCAAGGUAGGAUUCCUCUUGUCUGUGCUUUCCACCCACCAGUAUUCAUAUUCAGUGGAUUAUUCUAUGCAAUUUCCAGUAGCUCUGAUGUGGUUUUAUUUUGGCUGUUCCCACUGGAAUUCUCUAGCUCAUGUUUGCAACUCCACUAAUUGCCUUUCCCUUUGUCUUAGCUCCUUGUGCACUUGCAGGCGAUGCAACACCAACCCGUUUAUCUUGUGCCCUCGGUGUUCAAUUCACUGUCAAAGUCCUCAAAAGCUUUGAAUGUUUUUGAAUGUCAGAUAUUCAAACAAUAACAAUUGGAAAUGUAUAAUUAUUUUAAGAUGCUGAAAUAAAAAAACUAAAAUUUAAACAUUUAAAACAUUUAACAUUUAAGCAAGUUUGAGCUCAAUUAAUUCAAAACAUUGUAAAUUCCCUCACAUAUUACCAUUGAAAUUAUUGACCUUUUUGUUCAAAUGGUGCAGAUUCUUCAGAUUUAGUGCUGGAGUGCUUCUCCCUAUUUACAAUCCUAUGCAAGACUCCAUAAGGAUUUCGACAUUGGAGUGCAUUUGUGAAAUUACUGGUGAUGAAUGGGGCCUCCAUUUUUUUCUGUGAGUAUCCUGAAUUGGCUGGGAUUGACACACAAAACAAUUUCCCAUCAAUUUCUAGCCUAAUAUUAUGUCUUCUAUGAUAAUGCUGGUGUUUUGAAAUCAUUUUGCUAAAAUGUAAUUCUAGCGGUCUGAUUUAUAGUACUGAUUAUUAAAAUUUUUUACUCCUUAAUUAACAGCUUAAUUAUAUGUGUCCCACUAUACCUGUGCAUUAGUAUUAAUUGUAUCCCUGGGAAAAGAUUGCACUGUUACUUGUAAUUGAACUCAAUUUAGUUGUGCAUUCUUUUUAAUUUGUAACAUGCAAUAUUAAAUGCUCAUCUGUUUGCUGUAACUGAUAUUAAAAUUCAGCGAGUU